AUGUCGCGUCGCACACCCCGCACAUGCUUCCAUGCGCAACCAAACAAUUCGGCGAGAGUCGAGGAACGAGGUGGCACAAUGCGUGAGAUGGUGGAUGGCGUAGGGCUGAGAAGAGCAUACGGCGUCUCGCCUGGUCGAUCGGUGUGA